AUGGGUAACAUCUGUGGAUUUGAGAUUCGAGGAACCGUUGUUGACUUUGAGGACUUCGACUGCGACGCUGAUUGCGAAGUACUUCACGAAGCGUUCCAUAAGCGGAUUGGAGUCCACGAAGAUGAUAUCAUCGAGAUCCUCUGCAAUAGAUCGAACGCUCAGCGACUCGAGAUCGCUGAAAACUACAAGGGACUCUAUGGCGAGGACAUGUAUGAUCGACUCGACAAGAUCCGCCGAAAGGACCUUCGACGACUUCUCAAAGGUCUCGCAAGAAGCCCCUCUGAAUAUGCUGCUCGUCAGUUGAGAAAGGCUAUGAAAGGACCCGGCACUGACGAGAGCACUCUUAUCGAAAUCAUCUGCACAAAGACAAACGGACAACUUGAAGAAAUCAAAGAAACGUACGCUGAAGUCUUUGAUCGAGACCUCGAAGAUGAUGUAUGCAGAGAGACUCGCGGUGACUUCAAGCAUCUCUUGGUCGCUGUUCUGCAGUGCUCUCGAGAAGAAGGCGUCGAUGAAAUUGACGAGGACGAAGCUGAGGCUGAUGCCCAGGCUCUCUAUGAUGCUGGAGAGGAUAGAUGGGGAACAGACGAGAGUGUUUUCACACAGAUUCUCUCGCACAAGAGCUGGCUCCAGCUACGCGUCAUCAUGAACAAGUAUGAAGACAUUGCUGGAAACACCCUCGAAGAAGCAAUCGAAUCAGAGUGCAGAGGAGACUUGCGAAAGGGAUACAAGGCAAUCGUACGACUCGCAAAGAACCCCGCCUAUUUCUACGCUCGACAGCUGUACAAGGCUAUGAAAGGUCUUGGAACAGAAGAAGAAGAUAUUUUCAGAUACAUCAUUUCCACUUCUGAGACUAUUCUUGGAAACAUCAAGGAAGAAUACGAAGCCGAUCAGGGUAAAUCUCUUGAAGAUGCUCUUGACGGAGAUUUCCGAGGCGACUGCUGCGAUGCCCUUCUCAAAAUUGUUUCUGAGUAA